AGUAAACCACGUCACAGUGGGCGUGGCGUGACGAAGCACCGCUAUGAGAGCUGUCGGUGUUUUGCUGUGCUUUUCUGUGUUUGCGGGAGUCUUCAUGGAGGAUAAAGAAGCCCCACGUUUUCAAGCAUGCCUAGGGCUGGAGGUGUAUGAGGGGGCGGAGUCUGUCAUGCUGCCCUGUCAGGUACCAGAGGACGUUUACCGGGACGCCACAGCAGUGGUUUGGGGCCGCAAGGACCUCAGCAGCCCGACAGUCCAUCUGCGUCUGCAGAGCGGGGACGAUCUCACGAAACAGAACGUUAUUUACUUCAACCGAACAUCGAUGAGAGCCGACGCUCUGCAGACCGGAGACCUCAGCCUCACUCUGAGGAAGCCCGUAGUCAAUGACACCGGCACCUACACCUGCACCACCCGAAGAUAUGGACAAGAUCAGAGCAAGACCCAUUUGCAACUGAGGGUGGCAGAACGUCCUCCUCCUGGUCCCACUCCUCCUCCAGUCUGGCCCAAAGUUCUCUCGGGUGUCCUGGUUCCUGUGGUUCUCCUGGCUGUCGGCUUUGGGGUCUUCAUGUACUUUAGAUAUAAAAGGUUAAAGAACAAAGAAGUCGUUCAGGUCACAGCAGAACCAGGUGAUGAGUCGGUCGUGCUGACCUGCAGAAGCACCGUUCAGCCCGAUGGUGCUAAAGUGGUGUGGAAGGACAGGAAUGAGAGGAAGGUGCACGUAUGUCAGAAAGACUCUGAGCAGCCUGAAAAACAGCACAGACGCUACAGAAACCGAACAGAGAUGAAGAAAGAGCCGCUGAGGACCGGAGACCUCAGCGUGACCCUGAAACACCCCACAAACACCGACAGGGACACCUACACCUGCACCGUCUACAGCAGGGAGGGGAAAGAACUGAUGGAGAAACAGGUGGAGCUGAAAAUCAAAGAGUGCCAGGUGGAGGUGGUGGAGGGGGCGGAGUCUGUCCUGCUGCCCUUCAAAACCACAGAAAACCUGCCUGGAGACAGCGAUGUGGAGUGGAAACGCCAUGAACCCGAAUACAUGAAGGUCUGUGUGUAUGAGAACGGCUCUGACCGGCCCGACAAACAGGACGACCAUUACAGAGGUCGCACUGAGAUGAACACUGACCUGCUGACCACCGGAGACCUCGGUCUGACCCUGAGACAGCCCACAGUGAAGGAUGCUGGGAGAUACGCCUGUGAGGUCAACAGCAAGGAGGCCUGGAGAUACAAGAGGGUGUGGCUCACAGUCAAAGGGACAGAUCAGGUCCAGGAUCCAGCCGAGGACAACAAGGCUAUUGAAAUGAUUCCUCUGAUGGACCAGCAACCAGCUUAAUCUGACUGGGCUCUGAUCAUGGAUCUGACUGGUCUGUGAGUCAGAGAGAAAACACCAGUAAUGGGCUGAAGGGGAU